UUGACAACACGUUCUGUUAUACUCACAUUGCCACUAGAUGUCAGCAUUGACCUUCAGACAUCCCUGAGAUCAUGUUUCACUUUGUACCUUGUCCCAUCUCAAGUUUAUCAAGCAGUCCUUUUUCAAGCACUAUAAAUAUUAUCCAGACAGAUUAAACCCAUAUUACGAUUAUACAUGGAUUAGGCAAGAAUGCACAUUUUCCAACGUAACAGGUGAGGUGUAUUGGUUUAUGAAGGUGCAUUAAAAAAAGGCCCAGAAUUAAGCAAAUGUGUGAAGUAUGAGACUAAUAGUGUGUGGGAAGUGUAUUAUGUCUCGAUUACGUUCACACACCCGUAAAGGUGUAUUCCACUAAUAGGUGUUAGCCUGCGUAGUCCCCCCACCUGUCCUGUGGGGGGGUGAGUCAGGAGGGUGCCCGUCUCGGCAUCAUCGCAGCAGGUCCCUCGGGUUCCUGCGGCUGAUCCCUCUCAGCUGACGUCAGGAGAAAUGGCGGACCAGGAUGGCAGCGACGCAUCUCCUCCCGAGUCCCAAGCGUCUUACUCCCAGUAUAUAUCGGAGGAUGGCCACGGCUCCUCGGGCUCCGGGAAGACCUACACUCCCAACUUGACCCCUACCCCCGGCCCCACCCUGACUCACACCACCACCAGCCCCAGUUACAAUGCUGCCACCAAAACGGACUCGUUGCUCUUCAACAAGAUCGACGAGCGACAGAGGUUAGCCCGUGAGCGCCGGGGGGAGCGUGAGAAACUGAAUGCUGUCAAGGAGGCCGAGUGGCAGGCACGUGAGGAGCGAGCCCGGCUGCACUAUGAGAAGCAGGUGGAGGAGAGGAGGAGAAGGCUGGAGGAGCAGAGGGUGAAGGAGGACAGGAGACGGGUUGCCGUGGAGGAGAAACGACGGCAGAAACUGGAGGAAGACAAGGCUCGCCAUGAGGCGGUGAUCCGUCGGUCGUUGGAGAGGACCCAGAGGACCAAACAGAAGCCCAACCGGUGGUCUUGGGGAGGGCCGCUGCAGACAAACGCUCCCAGCACGCCAGCCGAUGCUGAAAGGCGGUCAGUUUCCACAAUGAAUUUAUCCAAACACACAGACCCAGUUAUUACCAAGCGCCUCUCCUAUUCCUCUGCUACACUCCUACACUCACCGGACCGAGGCUUACAGAUGAGAACAGCCUCCUCCCCUGUCAUUAGCAAAUCUCAGUCCAAACCCCGCCUCCACCAGGGAAAGACCACCCAACACAAAAACACAGGCCUGCGCCGUCUCCCGUUGACGCCGUGGGAGAGCAAUGUGGUGAACCGCCUGCAGCAGCCAACGCACUCCUACUUGGCUCGCAGCCGCAGUGCCAUGAGUCUGUCUGGGGAGCAAACAGUGUCCUGCCACCCCAUGGGCUCCAUGUCCUUCCAAGCCCUGCAGGCCCCGCCGCUUCCUCACUGCCGCAGCCAGGAGAGGAGCCUCGGCAAGGGCGCGGUGUCGUCGUCCACCACGACUGCCCGCAGGAGGACCACCGGCACCACGCAGCAGAAGUACCGAGACAAUGUCAGGAAGUCAUGGAGCAACCUGUCUCUCCCAUUGGCUCCAUUUUUCACUUUGCCCCCCAAAAUGCGCCCCACUUCGCCAGGCAAGAAGAACAGAAAAGGGACAGCGCCCUCUCCUGGCAGGCCUCCACAAAAGCCAGCAGGGCGCCCUUCAACUCCCAAGCUGCUUAAGUCGCCUGGGGCAGAUGACCCUGGAAACUUCCGUCCUUUCAGAGUCACACCGGAGAGCCUCCAACCAACCAGAGCCCCGGACGGCAGUGGAGAAGAGCAGGUUCUCGGUCCCCUUCAGCCUCGACCUCAGCCACUGGGUCAGAACAAGACCAGUAGCGAGCAGACAGCACCAGCAGCGAGCGAGAGAAUAAGCAGUCCUCCAGCCUACAAGCCCUCAGCAGGCACCACAGAUCCAGAGGAGGCGAGUCGUAUCCUGGCUGAGAAUCGACGCCUGGCCCGCGGGCAGAGGGAGAGAGAGGAAGAGGAGCGAAAGCAACAGGAGGAGCAGAGGAGGUUAGCGCAAGAGGAAAUGGCUCGCCGCAAGGCCGAGGAGCGAGCAAAGAGAGAGGAGGAGGCUCAGCGACAGGCGGAGGAGGCUCAGCGACAGGCGGAGGAUACGAGAAAGAAUAAGGAGGAGGAGGAGAGAAAGGGGGAGGAGGAGAGACUUCAGAAAGGGAGAGAGGAGGCCGAGAGACUCCAGAAACAGAAAGAGGAGGAAGAGUCUCGACAGAGAAAGGAGGCGGAGCAAGUGAGGCAGGAGAGAGAGAAACACUUCCAGAAAGAGGAGGCCGAACGCCUGGAGCGGAAAAAGCGCCUGGACGAGAUCAUGAAGAGAACAAGACGUUCAGACACAGUCGAGAAGAAAGUUGUCCCCAACAGGAACGGAGACGGCGCUGUGACACCUGCCACUCCGAGUCCAUCCGCAGUGACGGCGGCACCGACGCACAACAGCAAUGGCAACGGUCGCCAACCUGAGCCCAACACCACAACACUGAGCCAUUCUGACCAGAGGGAGAACGGGGAGUUUGAAGAGGUGAUCGUACUGCCUUCGCAUUCCAGGUUGUCUCCUCCUGAGGGAGAGGAGGAGCAGCAGCAGGUGGAGGAGAGAGUUCCUGUCUUAGCCUUCACGGAGAACGGCCUCCUAAAGCCUCUGAGUGGAGUAGAGGAUAUCUCAGCCCAGCAGGGACCCGGUCAGUGAGCGUCCUCUUUGCCCACGAACCCUUCUCUGAUGUUGCCUGAUGCCCUGUUAGACCGAGAUGAUCCCACACCCAGAGAGACAGGAAGUGGGAUGGCCAGAGAGAGAUAUCGCAGAGCUGUCGGAUUGAACCGAAGGAAGGACUCGCUGCAGCGGUCAGACCCUUCCGGAGGUUCGAUUUUCUCCACCUCCCACGACAGAAGAGCACCGCAGCCAUUUCCCAAAGAUCUCCCCAAAGCAUCUUCAGAGAGGAGUUACUUUUCCCUCAGCAAACUGUGGGGAAUAGAUCGUCUCUCUAUAACUUGAUUACACUCAGUCACAAAGUUCUGUGUGCAGCCCCAACUACCCCUGAUUCUGAAGUGAAUGUCUGGAAAUCACUGGAGGUUUGAAUGCCUAUUCCAUGUUUUGACUCCUGUGUUUUGUAUGUGUGUGUGUGUGUGCGUGUGCGUGUGUUUGUGUUUGUGCGGACGAGAGACUAAUAAUGACGUAAACUGAGAUCAGAUGUAAAGUCUCCAGCCGAUACUUGAAGAGAUUUUCCGUUGCUGUAGACACACUGUAAGCGGAUCGAGGUUAGCAACGUGACGUUUGAACUGGAACUCGCACAACAGGCUCCGAAUUACAAGGUUUCAUGAACGCGUUUUGCUCUCUUUAACUAGAACCUCAUAACUAUAGAUUUUCAAUGUUCACAUUGAAAUGUUACAGAAGAAAUGGGAUAAGGAAUAAUGUCGGUGCAUAAAGUUGUAUUAAGACUACAGGAAAGUCAUGUAAUGUAAUAUAUUGUUGCUGUGUCUCCAGUGUUUAAGACUAGAGGUUAUUAUUGGGGUUGAGGCAGGGGCGCUGGAGUAUUAUGGAGUUUAAGUUAAAUAAUGACAAGAUGAAAACACUGUCACCUGAGAAUUAGUGUGUAAACUACUGAUUUUAUUUUUGUUUAGUUUUAUUUAAUUGCUGUACAGAUGAAAUGUGAUUCUUUGUUUCGUCCUCAAUGGCGUCUUUGUGUUUUUAAAUUGAGAAAAAAAAAGAAUAUGCUUUUGACUUUUAAGUCCGGCCCUUUUCCUUUCGUUUGUUGACCCUUUUACAUUUACCCCGUCGGUGCUGCAUCCCGCGUCCAGUUCCACUACGUCGAACUCGGCCGAUGUCGGAGGAGUCCGCUGUAGCUUAGCCACCUUGUGUUGGGAGGUGGACUUUUAUUUUCGUCAAGCAAAUACAAAAAUGGUUUCAAAUCAUUUGCUGGUGAAGUUUAAUCUGAAAUAAUCUGAUUCGUUUGAUCAUUUUUUGAUGAAGGAUUCGAGAAGAAAUGCUGCUAAUGUUGACGUUCCUUUGCCUUACCGCAUUAUAGAGAGAAUGAGGGGACUUGUCUUUCUCACUGAAAUGAAGUUAUGCAUUCUCAGCCUGAGCUUUGACAUUCUGGCCUCAUGCCAGAUUCAUUUUAAGUUUAUGAAUACUCAUGAUGAAAGGUUAUGUCAUCAUAUAAAAGGUCAAACAACUGGUCCUUUUAUAGAACUUGUAAUGAAAGACAAGAGAAGGGGAUUAAAGUAAACCACUGGAACUGAACCAUUACACUUCUGUGAUAGUCACUUCCGGUAACGCUGCUCUCUUGGCAUUUAUUUCUCAAACCUUUGCACUUACGUUUCCUCUUUGUUCAAAUCUCGCAGCACCACCAAAAAAAAGGAGGGAAACUUCUCGGUUACGUAGCGCUGGUGUUCCGCCAGUCGUACGAAGCAUUCUGUUCAGCUUGACUUGAUAAAUUGCUUGUAAAUAACAUUAUACAUAUCCUAUAAAUUAUGUUUAAAAGCCAAAAUAUUUUACUAAGACUGACCACGAGGCUCGGAAAACUAACACGCCCUUUACUUCACAAGAGGCUGUGGGAUGAGAUCUUUGAACCACUGUAAAGAUGUAAUGUUUGGCAGGUAAAUAAAACUUUUUGAAAUGAUUAUACUA